AUGUCCAAACCUCAGUGCCAGGAGAAGCUGGAGAAGCCUCCAGGGGAGCAGCCAGUGGCUCCCAGCACAGCCAAACCCCCAGCCUGGCCGAGCCCCCCAGUGCCCAAGGCAGUGCUGGGGGAGCAGGAGCAGCUGGCAGUGUACAACCCCUCGGCUCUGCGGAGACCAGCGCUGGCCAAGUUCGUCCUGGGCUCCUUCGACGACAACUCCUCUGAUGAUGAGCUGGUGGCCACAGCCUUCAGGGUGGGCAGAAGGCGCAGCAGCCUGGCUGGGGUGGGGGGCACCAUCCCCGAGCCCCCCGUGGCCACCGCCGCGCUGGAGAACACCACGGGCAUCAGACCCAGCAUGUCUGGGCUGCACCUGGCGAGGAGGAGCCGUGAGCACAGGAAGAUGGACCUGCAACGAGACUUCUCCGUGGCCUCCCCAGCAGAGUUCGUCACCCGCUUCGGGGGCAACCGUGUCAUCGAGAAGGUCCUCAUUGCCAACAAUGGCAUUGCUGCAGUGAAGUGCAUGCGCUCCAUCCGCCGCUGGGCCUACGAGAUGUUCCGCAACGAGCGCGCCAUCCGCUUCGUGGUCAUGGUCACCCCCGAGGACCUCAAGGCUAAUGCAGAGUACAUCAAGAUGGCAGAUCACUAUGUGCCUGUCCCUGGGGGAACCAACAACAACAACUAUGCCAACGUGGAGCUGAUUGUGGACAUUUCCAAGCGGAUCCCAGUCCAGGCGGUGUGGGCUGGCUGGGGACAUGCCUCAGAGAACCCCAAGCUGCCAGAGCUGCUGCAGAAAAACGGGAUAGCUUUCCUAGGUCCCCCCAGUGAUGCCAUGUGGGCUCUGGGGGACAAAGUGGCCUCUACCAUCGUGGCUCAGACGCUGCAGAUCCCCACUCUGCCGUGGAGUGGGAGUGGUCUAGUGGCCCAGUGGUCUGAGGAGGAUGAGAAGAAUCAGCAGACCAUCACCAUCCCCCUGGAGACUUAUGCACAGGGUUGUGUGAAGGACUUGGAGGAAGGCCUGGAGGUGGCCACGAAGAUCGGCUACCCACUGAUGAUCAAGGCAGCAGAAGGUGGUGGGGGCAAAGGCAUCCGAAAGGUGGAGGCAGCAGAGGAAUUUGGUGCCUGUUACCGGCAGGUGCAGGCAGAGGCUCCUGGAUCCCCCAUCUUCCUGAUGCAGCUGGCACAGCAUGCACGGCACCUGGAGGUGCAAGUGUUGGCUGAUGAGUAUGGCAAUGCCAUCUCCCUCUUUGGCCGUGACUGCUCCAUCCAGCGUCGGCACCAGAAGAUCAUCGAGGAGGCUCCGAACACCAUCGCAGCCCCUGCUGUCACCGAGGUCAUGGAGCAGUGUGCAGUGCGCCUGGCACAGAUGGUUGGCUACGUCAGCACGGGCACCGUGGAGUACCUGUACAGUGAGGAUGGGAGUUUCCACUUCCUGGAGCUCAACCCACGGCUGCAGGUGGAGCAUCCCUGCACGGAGAUGGUGGCAGAUGUGAACCUCCCAGCUGCACAGCUGCAGAUAGCAAUGGGCAUCCCCUUGCACAGGAUAAAGGACAUCAGGGUGCUCUAUGGGGAGAGCCCCUGGGGUGAUACCCCCAUCGAUUUCCAGAGCCCCACCAACCCCCCCGUGCCCAGGGGCCACGUCAUCGCUGCCAGGAUCACCAGUGAGAACCCUGAGGAGGGUUUCAAGCCCAGCUCGGGGACGGUGCAGGAGCUGAACUUCCGCAGCAGCAAGAACGUCUGGGGAUACUUCAGCGUGGCAGCAGCUGGGGGGCUGCAUGAAUUCACUGAUUCCCAGUUUGGACACUGCUUCUCCUGGGGAGAGAACCGGGAGGAGGCCAUCUCGAACAUGGUGGUUGCCCUGAAGGAGCUGUCCAUCCGUGGGGAUUUCCGGACCACGGUGGAGUACCUGAUCAAGCUGUUGGAGACAGAAAGCUUCCAGAACAACGAGAUACACACAGGCUGGCUGGACCUUCUCAUCGCUGAGAAAGUGCAGGCAGAGAAGCCAGACAUAAUGCUGGGGGUUGUCUGUGGUGCCCUGAACGUGGCAGAUGCUGCUUUCAGGACGUGCAUGACUGACUUCCUGCACACACUGGAGAGGGGCCAGGUGCUGCCAGCAGCCUCCUUGCUGAACAUUGUCGACGUAGAGCUCAUCUCUGAGGGCGUGAAGUAUGUGCUGCAGGUCGCGCGCCUGUCGCUGACGACGUACGUGAUCAUCAUGAACCGCACGCACAUCGAGAUCGACGUGCACCGGCUCAACGACGGCGGAUUGCUGCUCUCCUACGACGGCUGCAGCUACACCACCUACAUCAAGGAGGAGAUCGACAGGUACCGCAUCACCAUCGGCAACAAGACGUGCACCUUCGAGAAGGAGAAGGACCCGACGAUGCUGCGCUCGCCCUCCGCGGGGAAACUGCUGCAGUACAUGGUGGAAGAUGGUGGCCACGUGGAUGAGGGGAAGGUUUAUGCAGAGAUUGAGGUGAUGAAGAUCAUCAUGACCCUGACAGUGGAGGAGGCUGGGCGGGUGCACUACCUGAAGCGCCCGGGCGCGCUGCUGGAGUCAGGCUGCGUCAUCGCCCGCCUCGAGCUCGAUGACCCCACCAAAGUGAAACCUGCACAGCUGUUCACAGGGGCACUCCCAGCCCAGCAGACCCUCCCCAUCACUGGUGAGAAGCAGCACCAGAUCCUCCGUAACGUGCUGGACAACCUCAACAACGUCAUGAACGGCUACUGCCUGCCCGAGCCCUACUUCAGCACCAAGGUGAAGGAGUGGGUGGCACAGCUAAUGAAGACCCUGCGAGACCCCUCUCUGCCCCUUCUGGAGCUGCAGGAGAUCAUGACCAGCAUUUCAGGAAGAAUCCCACUGUCUGUGGAGAAGUCCAUCAGGAAGGUGAUGGCACAGUAUGCCAGCAACAUCACCUCUGUGCUCUGCCGCUUCCCCAGCCAGCAGAUUGCCAACGUGCUGGACACGCACGCAGCCAUGCUGCAGAGGAAGGCUGAGAGGGAGGUCUUCUUCAUGAACACACAGAGCUUGGUGCAGCUGGUGCAGAGGUACCGCAGUGGCAUCCGGGGGUACAUGAAGACAGUGGUGCUGGACCUGCUCAGGCGCUACCUGCAAGUGGAGACACAGUUCCAGCAUGCUCACUAUGAUAAGUGUGUCAUCAGCCUGAGGGAGCAGUGCAAACCUGACAUGAACCCAGUGCUGGAGAGCAUCUUCUCCCAUGCCCAGGUGGCCAAGAAGAACCUGCUGGUGAUCAUGUUAAUUGACCAGCUGUGUGGCCGUGACCCCACGCUGACUGAUGAGCUGACAACCAUCCUCCACGAGCUGACACAGCUCAGCAAGGUUGAGCACUCCAAAGUGGCGCUGAGAGCUCGGCAGGUGCUGAUUGCCUCUCACAUGCCUUCCUAUGAGCUGAGGCACAACCAGGUGGAGUCCAUCUUCAUCUCUGCCAUCGACAUGUAUGGACACGAGUACUGCCCUGAAAACCUGAAGAAACUGAUCCUGUCAGAAACCUCCAUCUUCGAUGUGCUUCCUGUCUUCUUCUACCACGCCAACGAGGUGGUGCGGAUGGCAGCACUGGAGGUGUACGUCAGACGAGGGUACAUUGCCUACGAGCUGAACAGCCUGCAGCACCGGCAGCUCUCCGAUGGCACCUGCCUGGUGGAGUUCCAGUUCAUGCUGCCCUCCUCCCACCCAAACAUGAUGUCUGUCCCCAUCAGCAUCUCCAACCCCGACCUGGCCCGGCACAGCACCGAGCUCUUCAUGGACAGUGGCUUUUCCCCUGCAAGCCAGCGGAUGGGAGCCAUGGUGGCCUUCAAGAGAUUUGAGGACUUCACAAGGAACUUUGAUGAAGUGAUCUCGUGCUUCGCCAACUCCCCAGAGAGAGCAGUGCUCAGCGAGGCACGAACCACCAUCUACGAAGAAGAGGAUUCCAAGAACAUCCAUGAGGAGCCGAUACACAUCCUCAACAUUGCGCUCUGCUCUGCUGAGCACAUGGAAGAUGAGAAGCUGGUACCCAUCUUCAGAGCCUUUGCCCAGUCCAAGAAAAAUGUCCUUGUUGAGUGUGGUCUCCGGAGGAUCACGUUCCUCAUUGCUCAGCAGAGAGAAUUCCCGAAGUUCUUCACGUUCAGAGCCAGGGAUGAGUUCGCAGAGGAUCGCAUCUACCGGCACCUGGAGCCGGCGCUCGCCUUCCAACUGGAGCUGAGCCGCAUGCGCAACUUCGACCUCACGGCCAUCCCCUGUGCCAACCACAAGAUGCACCUGUACCUGGGGGCUGCCAAGGUGAAGGCUGGCGUCGAGGCCACCGACUAUCGCUUCUUCAUCCGCGCCAUCGUGCGCCACUCGGACCUCAUCACCAAGGAGGCUUCCUUCGAGUACCUGCAGAAUGAGGGUGAGCGGAUGCUCCUGGAGGCGAUGGAUGAGCUGGAGGUGGCGUUCAACAACACCAUCGUCCGCACCGACUGCAACCACAUCUUCCUCAACUUCGUCCCCAACGUCAUCAUGGACCCUUCCAAGAUUGAGGAGUCGGUGAGGUCCAUGGUGAUGCGCUAUGGCAGUCGCCUCUGGAAGCUGCGGGUCCUGCAGGCUGAGGUGAAGAUCAACAUCCGCCUGACACCCACUGCCACUGCCAUCCCCAUCCGCCUCUUCCUCACCAACGAGUCUGGAUACUACCUGGACAUCAGCCUCUACAAGGAAGUGAAGGACCCUGGCACUGGCAGCAUCAUGUUCCAGUCGUAUGGGGGCAAGCAGGGGCCACAGCAUGGGAUGCUCAUCAACACCCCCUACGUCACCAAGGACCUGCUUCAGGCCAAAAGGUUCCAAGCACAGUCCUUGGGCACCACCUAUGUGUAUGACUUCCCACAGAUGAUCAGGCAGGCUCUCUUCAAGCUCUGGGGUGACUUGGACCCAUACCCCAAGGACAUCCUGACAUGCACUGAGCUGGUGCUGGACUCACAGGGGCACCUUGUGCAGAUGAACAGGGUCCCUGGAGUGAAUGAGGUGGGGAUGGUUGCUUUCAAAAUGAAGCUGAAGACCCCUGAGUAUCCCAAAGGCCGCGACAUCGUGCUCAUCUGCAAUGACAUCACACACAAGAUUGGCUCCUUUGGGCCUGAGGAGGACCUGGUGUUCCUGAGGGCCUCGGAGCUGGCACGGGCCGAGGGCAUCCCCCGCAUCUACAUCUCUGCCAACAGCGGCGCUCGCAUCGGCUUCGCCGAUGAGAUCAAACACAUGUUCCAGGUGGCCUGGGUGGACCCUGCAGAGCCUGACAAGGGGUUCAGGUACCUGUACCUGACUCCCCAGGACUACACGAGGAUCAGCACCAUGAACUCAGUGCGCUGUGAGCACGUGGAGGAAGGUGGUGAGUCCAGGUAUGUCCUCCUGGACAUCAUUGGGAAGGACAAUGGAUUUGGGGUGGAAAACCUGAGAGCUGCUGGAACCAUUGCUGGGGAGUCUUCCCGUGCCUAUGAUGAAAUAGUGACCAUCAGCAUGGUGACCUGCCGUGCCAUCGGGAUCGGCGCGUACCUGGUGAGGCUGGGCCAGCGUGUCAUCCAGGUGGAGAACUCCCACAUCAUCCUCACGGGUGUCACAGCUCUCAAUAAGGUGUUGGGCCGUGAGGUUUACACAUCCAAUAACCAGCUGGGAGGAGUUCAGAUCAUGCACAACAACGGCGUGUCCCACGUCACCGUCCCUGAUGACUUUGAGGGUGUCUACACCAUCCUGCAGUGGCUCUCAUACGUACCCAAGGAUAACCAGAGCCCAGUGCCUGUCAUUGCCAUAAGUGACCCUGUGGAAAGAGAAAUUGAUUUUGUCCCUUCCAAAGUCCCCUAUGACCCCAGGUGGAUGCUGGCAGGGAGACCCCACCCAACUGUCAAGGGGACCUGGCAGAGUGGCUUCUUUGACAAGGACAGCUUCAUGGAGAUCAUGAAGCCAUGGGCUCAGACAGUGGUGGUUGGCAGAGCGAGGCUGGGAGGUCUCCCCGUGGGUGUCAUUGCUGUGGAGACUCGCACCGUGGAGGUGAUGAUACCUGCUGACCCUGCCAACCUGGACUCAGAGGCAAAGAUAAUCCAGCAGGCUGGGCAGGUCUGGUUCCCAGACUCUGCUUUUAAAACAGCCCAGGUCAUUCGGGAUUUCAACCGGGAGCACCUCCCGCUGAUGAUCUUUGCCAACUGGAGAGGCUUCUCCAGUGGCAUGAAAGACAUGUAUGACCAAAUGCUGAAGUUUGGUGCCUACAUCGUGGACAGCCUCAGAGACUUCAAGCAGCCUGUGCUGGUCUACAUCCCACCCCAUGCAGAGCUGCGAGGAGGCUCCUGGGUGGUCAUCGACUCCACCAUCAACCCCUUCUACGUGGAGCUCUACGCAGACAAGGAGAGCAGGGGUGGCAUUUUGGAGCCUGGAGGAACAGUGGAGAUCAAGUUCAGAAAGAAGGAUUUGGUGAAGACCAUGAGAAGGAUUGAUACAGUCUAUGCCAAGCUCGUUGAGCAGAUGGGGACCCCUGAGCUGUCCGAGGCACAGCGCAAGGAGCUGGAGAAGCAGCUGAAGGCACGGGAGGAGCUGCUCCUGCCUGUGUACUACCAGGUGGCCGUGCGCUUCGCCGACCUGCACGACACCCCGGGCCGCAUGCAGGAGAAAGGUGUCAUCACGGUGAGCCAGGGCAAAGCCACGAGGAAGGGGCUUGGUGCAGGGAGCUUUGUGGUGCUGGCAUGA